UAUCAAGCGACAAAUAAAUUUGAAGAUCGGACGACACUUGUUCUAAAACUCGGUCAUGGAACGGAUCGUCUGCUGUAUCGUUGCCUUGUUUGUCGUCUGCUACGCUCAGCAGCCAGAACCUUGCCAGUCCCCGAAACAAUGGGAGGGCAGGAUGGUGCUGUUUGACGCGAGCAAGGAAUUUACAGAGAAGUCACGAAUUAUAUAUGAUGAGUUAGGCAUGAGAGAAAGAGUAAUCGAGGAAAUUGAGUAUGGCAAGGAAAGAGAUUACUAUGACACACUCACGCUGUACAGAGAGAUGAAGGAAUACAGAGUGAACCUCCGCACGAAGAAAUGUAACGUAACCACCGUCAAUCAUCCAUUCCGAGUCAAGGGUGUCCCAGCCGGCGCCAAGUUUCUGUUCGAGGGAGUGAUUGGAGCAUCUAAUAUACAAUAUGAACAUUUCACCGCGGUUACCUUCGGUGGUGAAUAUACAACAGAUCAUGUGAGGUAUGCCACUACCGUGACAUUCCCAGACUGCGUUCCUAUUGCCGACAACUACUACAAUGACGUCACUAAAUACGUUGAAUCAAGGUAUUUUGAUAUUCAUGCGGGAAUCACUGACCCCAUGGCGUUUAUUCCUCCAACAGAAUGCAUGUAGUAUACUGCGAUAUAGAAAUAUAUAGAAGAUGCUGGGAAUGAGGACGCGUCUUAUUUAAAUCAAUCUUGUUUUAAUUUAUGAAAUGCCUCAGAUAAAUCAAUGUACUAUCCUCCGUUGCUUUUGAGUAGAAUUAAAUCAAAAUUAAAACAGUC